UCAUUGUACUCACAAAAGUCAGCUACUUGACCCGUGGUGGUUAUUUGGGGUGGUUCACACCCUACGCUAAAUUUUCAGCUCAUAUUCUACUAUUUGACGGAAAUGCUGCUAACCUUUUGGGUUGGGUACAUACUCGCAUUGCACGUGAGCACUGCGGCAGUGGGCGAGGCUUAUGAUAUAUCGCCGACUUCCACGUAUCACUUAUCAAAUCAUCCUUCGUGGUCCGGCUCGGCUCUUGAAAUUCGCAGCGUGAGCGGAGUUGGACACUUUGCAGCAUCCGUGAAUCCACACGAGACAAUCGAUCAUCGUAGAAACAGACGUGGGUUAGAAGAGUUCGAGACAGAUCCAGAAAAGUAUAUCGAGGAUCUAUCCUUUGAAGAUUUUCCACGCAGCCGCCGUGAGAUGAAAGAUGUUGAGGAAUUUACCCGCUUUGAAGGUCUUAUGAAGAAGCCAAGGGUCCGCAGAGACGCUGAACCAAAUUUGGAGAAGGUGUCCAGUUCAAAAAGCGUCCGAGAAGCUCGACUUAACUCCCCUGAAACGUGGUCAAAGCAACCAAUCUCCAUCGAGCUUCGUCGGCAUUCUAACGCUGAUCAAACACCCUUUGGAAAGGACAUCCACGGGUCAUCUGGUCACCACGUACCGAAAACUGACUUUGUUACCGGACACCGGCGUGACUUUUCCGAAAGCCGAGAAUCGAGAGCAAUGCCAGAACUCGCUAGAUCGUAUCAGGACUACGUACCAUUGUUUCGGGAAAAGGUCAGGCAGCGUGAUUUCGACGUGACGAUUCCACGAUAUUAUUACCCGGACCGUUUUGGGUCCGACCGAAGCAUUGAUGAGCGGAGACCUGCCAGUAGUACCCACUACUACAACCGAUACAACGAAGAAGAUGUCAGUCCAUACGGAAGAGCUCACAUUCAGUCGAAGCCCAAGAGAAUAGUUUACUAUGCACACCUUCCUGAAGUCGCUCGAAAGCCCGUUGAUAUUAGAAACAAUCGCCAUCUCUAUGACGAUGUCGUGCGUUCGCCACCCGAAGCUGUCGCUAGCUCUACAUCGUACAGUCGGGCACCAGGACACGUAGACAAUAACAAUUAUCGUUACAGGAUGUCCUAUCCUUACGAAGCCUACCGACCGUACCAAAGAUAUGCUUACAGACGGCCGUACGAUGCUCUAUACCGAUCGGAGAUGAACGAUGACCAGUAUAUGGAUCAUGCAUCGCUGAGAGAAGAACUCCGAUAUCCAGAGCUUGAAGGUGGGAGUCUGGACCGAAAAGUUUAUAGCAGGGUUUUCGAUAGAUCCGAGUCUACAUUGCCAUGGCCAGUGGAAAUUGGGACCAAACUCCAUAUCAAGGAUGACAAGAGAAUUCCAGGACGUCGGAUCUUUGGUCAGAAUAAUGAUGACAAUGGGUAUGAGGUGAACGCCAAGAUUCAGGCCGCUUUGAAUUCGGAUAAUCCAAAUACCGAGCGUCGCGAAAGCAGCAAAUAGGUGUAGGACGUUCAACUAUUUCACGAUAACCAUUUUCAUCAAAAGUCGAUCAUUUGAUAACGGGGUGAAAAUGGUGAUUAGGGAAUUCUAAUACCUAUAAUACGGAGAAAAUACCUGUUGGAAUUUUUUGGUUAAAUACAUUGCGGUGAACUGUCAUGUGCAAAUUUCACAUUUCCGGUAGUUGGUCGCCCUAACAAAUAGCCCUUCUCGGAGUCUACCGCAUGCACAUUGAACUCUAGCAGACGACGGAGUGUACAGCCGUUAAGUAUUCACUCUGUGCACUUGGGUACAAUGAAUCUGAGACGGCUAAUUUUUUACACUAGACAGUUAUAUUGGCAAGACAGAGAAACCUACAGCACCAUAGUCGGUCGAGCGCGAAACGAAGUCGAUCUGAAUAAAAUUAACAUAACCCGUGACCGUCGAAUCAAACCUUAGAAUACCGCGGGGAUAACGACUUGUUGGAUUGACACGGUCAUGGGUUACAUUAUGUUUAUUGAGAUUGACUUUGCUUUGCGCUCGGCCGACUGUAGCGCUGUAGAUUUCUCUGUAUUGCCAACAUAACUGUCUAGUGUAAAAAAUUAGCCGUCUCAGAUUCAUUGUCCCCAACUGUACAUCUAAUUAUUCAUAAGUACCGCUCUGCGUACUUGGAUAUAAGUAGAGCUCAAGGACAGUUAGAACCAAGCUAAUUGUACCCCGUUUUUUUAGUUUUUGUUUUGAGGAGAUACCCCCGACCAGUUAAAUAGUUUAUUUACUUUCUUAGUAUAACUAAAUCGUGUUUGUUUUUGUUUUAUACCUCGCUCAAAUACCGCUUCUUUCGUGAAAUCAACCCUGGUCAAAUUCGAGAAGAUGAUUUGGUGGAAAGAGGCAUGACCAUUUCCACACGGGGUAUCCCGAGCCUGACCGCCGACCCGACCAGAACACCGUAACAGUUAAAGUCACAUUCGCGGAUGUAGUUUCAACUUGUUGAAUACCGCAAUUGAGGUAACUUUUACUCGAAAAAAUUGCUUUCGAUAUAAUUACCGUCACGCAUGUAAAUCCAACAGGUUUUUAUUCAGUGUGUAUGUGUCUUCAAGUUACCUUAAACGACCAGUUAAUCAAGUUCUCUUGGUCAAAGUAAAAUAAAUAUGACUGCUUCCAUAUUGCAAUGCUGUAAUGCGUAUACAAUAGUAAUGGUUAAUUGGUUUCUAUUAUUAUCAUUAUCGUCGUCGUCGUUGUCGUCGUCGACGUUAUUAUUAUUAUUAUUAUUAUUAUUAUUAUUAUUAUUAUUAUUAUUAUUCAUGGAAAGUCAACGGCAAUUACCUAACAACCUAAUUACUCAAAUAUCGCGAACUUGAGAAGAGUCGCCAACGUCAAAAGAAUUAACAAAUUAUAGGAUAGGUGAAGGAAUAUACGUAUGAAUGAGAAAAAAAAGGUGUAACAAACGUUUGAAAAUGAUGUGUUACUCACAGUUGAAAAGCUGUGUGUGAAGUAAAGAAUAUAUUGUAAGAAAUUUGAAGAUGUUAGACGUUUUUCCAAGGUUUCGAAGGAUUGUCUACAAUGCUAAAAUCUCCUGACAAAUGUUUACAAAUUGUUAUAAAAAACGAGUGUAAUAUAUGCAAUUUUUCGAGUGAAUUAAA